UGAUACAAAUUCUUUGUCGAUAGAAGGUAUUUACUAAAAUAGCUACGGGAGAGACGCAAUAUUAAAAAUAUAUUUGGAAUAGCUCUCAGUUUUGAUGUCAUAGUUGAUUGAAAAAAGGCAUAAGGAAGUCAGUGAACAACAUUCACAAUAUCCAUUAUAGUACAAACAUUACUUCCUUCUGUUUAGCUCCUAAAACUCAUAUUUUUGGUCAUUGUUCAAUAUUCAUGCGUAUCUUUGUUAAAUAUUUCAAUGGCAAAAUUUUGCAACAAACCAACUUGUACCAACUUGAAAACGCUUUAGUUUUUUUUUUCUACAAAUGAUACAAAAAAUGACUCUAGUAUUCGCCGAUGUUUUGAAUUAAAAACGCUCAUCAAUUUCGAUUUAUGUCUUUCCACUUUGGCUUUAAAACAUUCACAUUGUUUUUUAUAUCUGACAAAUAUGGAAGUCAAAUCGAAUACGUCGAUCAUUUUUGUCAUGAAGAUUGAUCCUUUGAAGCCCGAUUUUUCGAAACAAAAGAACUCAUAAAAAUAACUUUUCUGAUUAAAAUGGAAACCUGAUUUAAAAAGUGUGACUUCGCACUUUUGAUCCAUACACUUGAGCUUAACAACUUCCGCUUCAAACUGUUUAACUGUGAAGGAAAGUGAAAAUUUUCAUUCCGCAGUAUUGCUUUUCCUUAAGUGAAGUCCCAUCUUUGAUUUGUCCAAAUUCCGCCCAUUUUACCCUUUUGUCACGCACUAAGUGUAUUCAUCUCAACUUUUAAGUAUUAUCUUACCCCCUUUUUGUUAGCAUUUUUAUUCCAAGUCCCAACCCAUUUUCGACUUAUUUGCUUAAUGGCAAAAAGUACUUUUAUUUCAGUUUGAAAGCGUCACGCAUUUAAGCUACUUGGGUUUUUGCCUGCGCUAAAAACAAAUGAUAUCGUAAGUUAUUUGACGUGAACUUUUGUGAGCAACCGGCCACAUGGUUCAAAACUUCACAUAAAAAAUCAAUACAAAUACGUCAUUUUAUCAGCGCCUAUCAAUCAACUACCUGCACUGGGAGCACAUUUUAAUAGAAUCUUUUUCAAAGAAGUUCCCAAUCAAAAGCACCUAACGAGCAGAACCAUUUUGUGGCCUGUUUAAACGUUACUUAUACAAUUCGUUGCUCAGAAAUUUCUCUUUUUUGCUGUUUACUGCAGCUAGCAUUAACAAAUAUCUUGAAAUUAUAACUUUCAUCCGAUUUGGUGGCUUAAUUGGGCUGAAAUGUCGCUGCGAAGCCGCGUGUCAAAAUCAGUCAGUCCGCUAAUGAGGAGAAAGAUGAUAAGUGGAAGUGUCAUUUCCUCUUUCACGUCUGGUGGAGACGUUGGAUCCCAAUGGCCCCUUAUAGACAGAGAACAACUUCACACAGAACUGAAAUCCCAGAAUUUCGACAAGAUCCGUUUCGCCACUUACCGAACAGCCUGCAAGCUCCGCUUUAUCCAGAAGAAAGUUUAUUUUCACUUAGUGGACAUUUACAACGUCAUUGAGGCAUUCCGGGAGAACAACUUACACGGGGACGCCUUGAAUGGAGACAGCGAAGUGUCUGUGGGCAAACUAGAGUCAACCCUCUCCACCGUCUACUACUAUUUGAACAAACGACUCCCCUCUACUCAUCAGUUGAAUGUAGAUCAGUCGCUGAGUAUGCUGAUGGGUUGGAUACUGGGCGCAUAUGACCCGGACUGCACGGGGUCAAUCAAGGUCAUAUCAAUCAAAGUGGCUUUAUCCACACUGUGUUCGGGAAAGUACGUGGACAAACUCAAAUAUGUGUUUGAGAACCUAGUGAGUGACCCUGCGAGCAGCGGCAACAGCUCGGAGGGUUCAUGUCUGAACAUGAACAAAUUCGACAACUACCUCCGACAGGUACUCUCCCUGCCAACUUCGGUCCACGAGGGACCCUCCUUCGGAUACGAGCCCAACGCCAGUCUCAAGUCUUGCUUCCCUCAGUUCUCGCAGCCAGCGGGUGGUGGUAAUAAGGUGAAGAUCAAUGACUACCUGGACACUAUGUUUGCUGACCCUGGACCCCAGUGUCUCCUGUGGCUGCCUCUGAUGCACCGGAUGGCCAAUGUGGAGAAUGUGCUGCACCCCAUUGCAUGCUCAUUCUGCAGUGCCGAGAGCAUGAUGGGGUUCAGAUACAAAUGUCAGAGGUGUGCGAACUAUCAGUUGUGUCAGACUUGUUUCUGGUAUGGACAGGCCAGUGGUACCCACUCCAACGAUCACGAGAUGAAAGAGUACUCCACCUAUAAGUCGCCAGCCAAACAGUUCACCCACACCCUUAGAAAAGGCACCAUGAAGUGUCUGCCUGCCACUGCACGCGGAGUGAAAGGGGGGCCCACUUGUGUGAGUGGGAUGGGUGCGGGAGGAGAGGGGGGCAGCCCGGAUGGGAAAAUGUCGUAUGGUAUAGACACGGUAGACGGACCAUCUGUCAACCUGCAGCACAUAAUUCCUGCUCAACCUGUAACAGACUACGGCGUAGGAGGGGGCGGAGGCGGAGGCAUCUCAUCCAACCACGCCCAGUCAUCCUUAGGCAACCCCGCGGGGUUACUGUCACUAACCUCUGGUGGCACUGCUGCUGGCUCAAUGGUCCCGCCCUCUAUUAGAGACCCAGCAUUGCUAGCUAACUACGAAAGCAGACUGUCUGAGGCUUUGGAGAGUGGAGGGGGAGGGGGAGUAGGAGGGGGCAAGAUGGACGACGAACAUAGACUCAUCGCCAGAUAUGCGGCCAAACUGGCCCAGGAAACACUCAACUCAUUGAGCGGCAGACCCCCCAUGAGCGGAAAUGGAGUUAUGGGAGGCACUUUGCAAAACAGCGGAACUCUCGGUUCAGGUGGAGGGGGUGUUACUGGACACAAUAGCCUCCCACAUCCCCAUCCCAAUUUCGACAUGAGUAGGAAUCAGAAACAGAGGGAGAUUCUAGCAGAUUUACACCAGAAGAACAGAGACAUCAUGCGAGAAAUAGCGCGGCUUAAAGAAGAACGGGACGAGACCAGUCGGAUGAGCAGCAUUGCAGCCGCAGCCGCCGGCGGAAUGCACGCGGGAGGCAUGAUGUCAGCUUCGGGUCAGUUCAUGCCCGGUGCUCGAGGGGUCCCAGGAGGCCCUAACAACCCCAGUUUAGUUCAUGAACUCCGUUCACUGAGACAGAGGAAAGAGGAAUUGGAGCAAAGAAUGGGAUGUCUUCAGGAAUCGAGACGGGAGCUGAUGGUCCAACUUGAAAGUUUGAUGAAGAUGUUGAGGACUGGUCAGCCUGUGACAGCUGCUCCUAGUUCAAAUCACUCGCAGACUCUCGGAAACUUCUCAUCUAAUUCCACAACUACAGGAUCAUCACCUAACUACAACCACCAGAAACUGUCCCAGUAUAGCAGUAACAAUACAACGGGAGGACAAGCCAUGCUGCCGGGUGGCACCGGUGGCAACAUAGCAGACAACAACUCCUUCCAGCAGCCCACCUCGACACUCCAGAGGAGUCAACAGGGUGGGGCAGGGGCAGGGGCAGGGGCAGGCGGGAAUCAGCAGCUGCACCAGGAGUUGUUGAUUUCAGCUGAGAACGCGAGUCACGCGGCCAUUGAUUUGUUGAGCAAACUGUCACUCCGUAUGGCUCCGGAUAUGGACCCGAGUGCAAUUAAUGCCUUCGCGUAUUACCCUUACAGUCAACAGAACACAGAUUCUGCCAGUGCCACUUUACCCUCAGGUGUAAUUAGUGGGUACCCUUCAAAUGGAACUAACGGACCACCAGGACAACACCAACACAACCCACAAAUUACCCAACAGAUGACUCAACAACAGCACUUAUCCCACAACACAAACACAGUCAUGUCCCCACAACAGAACAUACCCAAUCUAUGCACGUGAAUAAAAAAAAUAAUUAAACAAACAAAAUGGAGAACAUACUAAACUUGUGAACAAUACUUGUAAAUUAGUCUACAAAGUGCAAUAUAUUCAUCAAAAAUUUGUGCGAGUUCACCUUUUGUUUCAGUGAUUUGAUAAAUUAUUAUACUU